AUGCUGGGUGUCCUAGACACAACCAAGGAUGAUUCUACGGUAGCUGGCACUUCGAGUGUAGUGUAUGUUGGCGAACGCCUGAAGGCCACUGUACAAUGUUCUGAUGAGGCCUUGCGGAAGUUCAAGUGCUCGGAAUGUCCGAAAGCAUUCAAAUUCAAACAUCAUCUCAAGGAGCACAUACGAAUUCACAGUGGUGAAAAGCCCUUCCAGGUUUGCACUUCACACUCCUUUGUCAUCGCCUCCCCAGAAGCUGUUUAUAAAACACUUGCCGAACCCUUUCCGUUGUUUCCUAGAUAA